AUGGUUCCAAGAGGAAUUUAUACUCCUAUUCCAACUUUCUUCAAGAAAGACUGUAAGACCAUUGACUUCGACACUCAAACAAAGCAUGCCCAAUUCUUGAAGGAUAAUGGCAUCUCAGGAGUAGUCGUCAUGGGUUCCACUGGAGAGCUUGCACACCUUACCCGGGAUGAAAGGGCACUGGUUGUGUCUAACAUUCACAAAACCGUACCUGGUCUCGUGAUCAUGGGCGGUGUUGGUCAACACUGUUUAGAGGAUGCUUUAGCUGAAAUUCUGUCUUUGAAGAAUGCUGGGGCUACCCAUGCACUUGUAUUACCCAGCUCUUACUAUGGUGCUUCACUCAAGCAGCAGGGAAUCAUUGACUGGUACACGGAGGUGGCAGACAAGUCUGAGUUGCCCUUGCUUGUGUACAUUUACCCCGGAGUGUGCAACAAUGUAGUGGUGGAGCCAACAACAAUUGUUACGCUUUCCAAACAUCCCAAAAUUGUUGGCACCAAGCUUUCCCACGGAGACAUAUCUCACUAUAUCUCUAUUGGACUAAACGAAGAAGUGAAGAAGAAUGUUUUUGCAUGUUUUACAGGGUUGGGACAAAUCUUACUUCCAGCCCUCUCUGUAGGAUUCCAAGGCACAGUGGAUGCCUUGAGUGGAGCCUUCCCAAAACUUUAUGUGAACAUAAUGAAAAGCUAUGAUGCUGGAGACUUGGAAACUGCCCGUAAAUUGCAAUACGUGGCGACUAGAGGUGAAGAGUUGGUUGUGAGAUACGGAGUUGUGGGGAUCAAGAAGGCUAUCUACACUGCAACGGGAUUUGGAGAAACCUACUUGGGCCGGGCCCCAUUAAACCAGGAUGUUGCUCUUGACUGGGAUGUAUAUGCCCACUAUUUGGUUGCUUGUGCUGAAGUGGAGGCAACUUUGUAA